AUGGGCAGCCUAGAAGAUCCACGACUCAAACGGGCUAGAUUCAGUCCUGUCACGCCACACCCCCAGGAUUUGGAAGAGGACACCAUUCGGUCUCUGCCAGACCUCAUCGAAUUCAAUGCCAAGACCAACCCGGACCACAUCUUCUGCAUCCAGGCAGAGGCCAGACCACCUUCAGCCAGCGGAACACAAUUCGGGACACGCCAAAUUACCUUCAGAGAUCUGAAAUACGCUGUUGAUGCUUGUUCCGAAUGGCUGGUAGAGAAUGUUGGACAAUCUCGAAUCCAAGACUCUCGACCGGUUGCUCUGUACAUUGAAAGUGACGUUGGUCUCUUCAUCUAUCUUGCCGCACUUCUGGCAGCAGGAAUUCCGGCACUGCUUCUAUCGGCCAGGCUCAGUACAGCGAGCGUCCAUCAUCUUCUAAAGGAAACGAAUGCGCAAUCCAUUCUGCUGUCCAAGCGGACGGAGCAUACUAUCGCAGCCGAUGUUAAAGAAAUUGCCGAAAUAAUCCGCAUUCAGCCUUACACUGCCUUCCUGCAGUCCUCCCCCAAUGAUGAACGCGCCCCGACCAACAACAUGUUGCGGCGGACCCCAGCUCGCGAGCACGAUUGUAACGCGCUGAUACUUCAUUCGUCGGGAACAACUGGGCUACCAAAGCCCAUCCGACUUGCUCAUCGCUACCUCCUUGGAUAUGCGGCGUGCCACCUCUUUCCAGCGGAUGAGGCCAUUGAUUGGUGUAAUCUGUCCACAUUACCUCUGUACCAUGGCUUCGGCUUGCUGGCCCCAUGCCUCAGCCUGUCAAUUGGGAUGACAUGCUGUUUUCCACCGUCAUCAACCAUCCCAGCCGCACACUCAACCCUGGAGCUUCUUGAAACGUUCAAGGCAGGGUCACUCAUGACAGUGCCCAGUAUCCUGGAAGACAUUGUGAACCUGGCUCCGGCGGAACUUGCUUCCGGCUUUGCUCUCCUCAAACCCCUCAGCUUCGUUGCGGUUGGCGGUGGUCCUCUUAAACCCGAGGUCGGCGAGGCUCUUGUGGCAGGAGGAGUCAACGUGCUCAAUCACUACGGUGCCACUGAGAUUGGUGCCAUUGCCCCGAUCUUCCGGCCGGGCGCGGACUACGACUGGAGAUACCUGCGUCUACGGAACGACUUGGGUCUUGAGCUCCAGCAAGCCAGCUCAGAAGGUGUUCCAGAACACGAAAUGAGGUACAGACUUGUUGGCUAUCCCAUUGGCUGGAACAGGCCUUUCUACAUCCAAGACGAGAUCUUGAAAAGGCCUGGUUCCAAGCACGUCGAGGUGAAGAUCCUUGGCAGGCAAGACGACUUGAUCGUGCUCAAAACGGGAGAGAAGGUGUCUCCUCAGGGCAUCGAAGAACUUUUAAUGAAGGACCCAUCCAUCAAAACUGCUGUAUGUGUCGGCCAAGGCAGGUUCGAGCUGGCAGUCCUCAUUGAGCCAUCAAGCACAGCGCCUGCAGAUGAAGACCAACUGGUUGAGCAUGUGUGGCAACUCGUGUGCCUGGCCAAUCGCACCGUGGACCAGCAUGCACAGAUCUCCUCCAAACACGCAGUCAUUAUCAAACCCUCUCACAAGGUGAUUCCACGAUCCGACAAAGGGUCGGUGAUGCGCAAAGAGGUCCAUGAUCUAUUCGAGCAGGAGAUCAAUGCAGCCUAUGAAGCCUUGGAUCUGGAGUCAUUCGCAUCUUCGGCAGCUCUGAACACGGAAAACCUGGAAGACGGCAUCAUUUCCUUGAUAGGGACAGUUCUGGGCCAGGAUGUCUGGUUCCGAUCCGAAGAUGAUCUAUUCGAGCUUGGCAUGAAUUCUUUGCAAGCCACCCGCCUUGCGCGUUUCUUAAAUUCUUCCCUCAGCAAACUCCUACCACGAGAUCGAGAAGAUGUCCGCAUUGCAGCUCCCUUCAUAUACCAACACCCAUCGGUAUCAUCGCUGGCCAAAGCAAUCCAUGCAGCGCUGUCGAGCAGGAGUGAAGAUGUUGCAGACAUGCAGGACCGGACAAUCCAGAUGCAGACUCUGGCCGACGAGCUGGUCGAAGAGAUUCGCAGUGACCAGCCCAGAAACAGAAUCGCCUUUGAUUUUGUUGACAACAGUAGUGUUCAUUACAAAGUUGUUCUUUUGACCGGGUCCACCGGAAAUCUUGGCUGCCACAUGCUCGGACGACUGGUCAGAAUGCGUCAAAUCACGCGCAUCAUCUGCCUGAACCGGGUAAAACCGGGUGGAUCCGUGUCUGAUCUGAGGGAGCGCCAGGAGCAGGUCAACGCUGCUGCCGGCAUCGUCCUGAAUUCGGAAGCGUGGGACAAGAUCGAGUUCGUUGCCGCCAACACGCAGGCGCCCGACCUCGGACUCACGCAGGAGCAGCGUACGCAGCUCGCUCGCACCGUCACCCAUGUCGUGCAUCUGGCGUGGCCAAUGGACUUCAACAGGAAGCUCCACAGCUUCAAGCCCCAGCUGCAGGCGCUAAAAGCGCUCGUCAGCUUGUGUCGCGAUGCACACCACGCCCGAGGGGGCAAAUUCAACCCGAGACUCGUGUUUGCUUCUUCCAUUGCUGUCGUCAGGCACUACCCGGAUCUCACCGGAAGCUCGGUGGUUCCAGAAGAGCGGUUGCCGGACCCGCGCGUUGCAGCGGCCAUAGGAUAUGCGGAAGCCAAGUGGGUGUGCGAAGAAUUUCUCUUCCGAGUGGGGCAGAUGUACGCUGACGAGGUAACUCCGAUGGUUGUUCGUAUCGGUCAGCUGAGCGGUCCUGAACGGGAAGGCAUCUGGAAGACGGAGGAACACGUCCCCGCCCUCGUGAAGGCGUCUCAAAUGAUAUCCGCGUUCCCAAACCUGAAAGGGAAUUUUUCGUGGCUUCCAGUCGACCGCGCAGCAGCAGCUCUGUCUGACAUCGUCUUGCAGGACCAGCAGAUGCCAAACCGUUUCUACCACCUUGAGAAUCCCAUUCGCCAACCGCUGGCCGAUGUAGGCACCUUUGUCAUUGAUGAAUUAAAGCUCCAACAGAAGAGACCCAUUCCAUUUGAGAGCUGGCUGGAACAGGUGGCCGCGACAGGCUAUGCCUCCAGCCUCAUCAACUUCUUCCAGAACGAGUUCCGGAGUCUCGCUGAUGGAUCUACUGCACUGGAAACGAGUGCUUCGAGAAAGGCAUCUCUUUACCUAUGGGGAGAAAGUGGAAUAGGUAAGGAUCUCGUGGUGGAGUAUAUUCGCAGGUGGAAGAAGCUGGGAUUUCUUACGUAG